CCUCUCUCGCUCUCUAUCCCCCCUCCCUUCCUCUCUUCUCUUCUGGCAUCCCCCAUCCCCCAUCGCUUUAUGUGCUUCCAUACAGCUUGAAAAUCAACCGGAGGAGGAAACCUUCACACUCGCGGAGAAUAGACUGACCCUCAGCAACCCAGAAGAUCGCUUUAAACCGGGAUCACAGACUGGAUCAGGGUGACCCAUCUAAACCAUCUCGCACUGAUUUGCAUAUCCAUUCUUCCUACCUCCUUCAUUUGCCUUUCCUUCACUGAGAAUGGCAAGCGGGCAUUCCACUGACAAAUUCAGUUUUCUGUACCCAACAGACACCAGUCAGAACGUUAAGAGUAAGAACAGGCUGUCUUCCACCAUGAACCCGGUGUACAGUCCCGUGCAGCCGGGAACCCCAUACGGAAACCCCAAGAAUAUGGCAUACACAGGUUAUGCAGGAGGUUACCCUACGACUGCCCCGACCUACACAGCCAACCUUUAUCAGACAGGUAGCCCGGGAUACCCACCAGGAUAUACUGCAGGAACACCUUAUAAAGUGCCCCCUACUCAGACCAAUGGAGCUCCUCCGCCCUAUUCCCCAUCUCCUAACCCCUACCAGACGGCCAUGUACCCCAUUAGAAGUGCCUAUCCCCAGCAGAACCUCUAUGCUCAGGGUGCUUAUUACACGCAGCCAGUGUACGCCGCCCAGCCUCAUGUAAUCCACCACACCACCGUGGUCCAGCCCAAUAGCAUCCCCUAG